CGCAGCAGUCACGGGGCCCCGCUGUGUGACACCGAUCCCGCGGGCGCUCGGGAGCGAUCGAGGUCGCGCAAAACGGCCAUGCCUGUCCCGACGCGAGUGCAGUGCGAGAAGAACAUCUGGGUCGCCGCCGGCGAUGGCGACCUCGAGCGUGUCAGAGAACUCAUCGAGGGUCAAGCCCUAUCAGCUAAUAUCCCCGAUGACAACACAUAUACACCGAUGCAUGCCGCCGCCUCGUACGGGCAGCUCCAUGUGCUCGACUACCUCAUCUCGAAAGGAGGAGACGUGAACAUCACCGACGACGACGGCGACACACCACUGUACGUGGUCGAGAACGUAGAGACCGCGCGAUGGCUCGUCGAGCACGGGGCUGCUGUCCAGAGGCAGAACAGCGAGGGUAUCUCACCAGCGCAAUGCCUCGAAGAAGAUUUCCCCGAGGUCGCCACCUACCUCAAUGGCCUCAAUCCCACCGCGGACACAGCAUCGACAAGCCCAUCUCUCACACAGCCUUCACAGCACGCGCAGAACCUUGCCUCAGAGCACCUAACGUCAUCCCUCAUCCAGUCCGUCCAGGGCGUCAUGCAGCGCGCUGAGGCAGAAGGGCGUGACCCUGACGAGGAGUUGCGACAGGUCGUGGAGAGAACGGUGCUCGAGGGCAUGGUUACUGGGUAUGGGAUGAGUACGCUUGGUGGGCAACGGAGAGAAGACACCGAGGAUGGGCCGACAGAGGGACCGAAGCGAACGAGGAUGGGCGACGGGGAUAACGGGCAGAGCUAACUUGGUCCAUUUGCGCUUGCACAUACGCGCUUGACAAUGACCGGGGCAUUGUAGCAGUAGCGACACAUGUAGCAGAUAUAGCCCAGGCGUCUUUGGAUACUGUCCUGUGUGCGCGUACGGACUUAGGGUCGAUCGUGAUCGCUGCUCGGUUCAGUCCAAGUCGUCA